UUCUUCCCCUCCGCCGGGCGGUGGCGCACGCCCGUGACGUCACAGGAGGCGGGGCCAGCGCGGCUGCCGGGUGCCGGAGGCGCCAUUGGAGCCGGCUUGGCUUGGGAGCCGCAGCUGAAGAGUUGGAUCCAGGGCUGUCCUUGCUGCCGCGUCUGCCUCUGGUCUCUGGCCCUUCCGCGGGAUGGCGUGCGGGGCGACACUGAAGCGGCCCAUGGAGUUCGAGGCGGCGCUGCUGAGCCCCGGUUCCCCGAAGCGGCGACGCUGCGCCCCUCUGCCCGGCCCCACUCCGGGCCUCAGGCCCCCGGACGCCGAGCCGCCGCCGCUUCAGAUGCAGACGCCGCCGGCGAGCCUCCAGCAGCCUGCCCCGCCCGGCAGCGAGCGUCGCCUUCCAACUCCCGAGCAAAUUUUUCAGAACAUAAAACAAGAAUAUAAUCGUUACCAGAGAUGGAGACAUUUAGAAGUUGUUCUCAGUCAAAGCGAAGCCUGUACUUCAGAAAGUCAGCCUUCCUCCUCGGCACUUACUGCACCAAGUUCUCCAGGUGCUUUCUGGAUGAAGAAGGACCAGCCCACCUUUACCCUUCGACAAGUGGGGAUAAUAUGUGAGCGUCUCUUAAAAGACUAUGAAGAUAAAGUCCGAGAGGAGUAUGAGCAGAUCCUCAGUACCAAACUCGCAGAACAGUAUGAAUCGUUUGUGAAAUUCACGCAUGAUCAGAUCAUGCGGCGAUACGGAACAAGGCCAACAAGCUAUGUAUCCUGAAGCCUUCUUGCCUAUCUGGGUACCAGGUGUGACCUCAAGAGAUGGCUGCUGUACACUUUUUGCAACUGGUUUGAUAUCACAUUUCAGCUCCAACUUUGCAUCCUGAGAACACUUAAAUGUUUCUGCAGGUCCAUUUUAUACAACUUGAAAGACCUUAAAACUUUCUGGUUGCCACAAGCAUAUCUUUCUUUUCUGCUCAUCCACUAAACAGCUGUGCCCUACUGUGACAGGUUUUCCAGACAAAGUACCUGGAACAGCUGUCUAGCAAAGAAUGCCUUCAGUGGCACUCAACACGGGGAGUGUCCCCAAGCACAGCUCUGUGAGAGGUGUGAGUGUGUGCGUGCGUGUGUGUGUCUGUGUUUUAAGUUAUUAUUUGUAUUGUGCAAAAAAAUUUUUGAUCUUGGGGAUUCUGGCUGUGAAUUUGAUGCACGACAAUUAUGGUUAAAAACAUUUUCUUGGUCUACAGAAGAUCAUUAAUGUUUGGUGACCAUAUAGGUUGUAACAGUGGGUUGNUUAUUUGUAGGUAUUNUCGUUAAAUACAGGGACNGUUUCCAGGCACANAAUUUGAAUUGUAAGUUAGGNUGGACAUUAGAUGUGAUUAUGAUGAUCUAGGGAAGGUCUGCAGUCCUGAAUCUGCAAAUACGUGGUGAGAAAUUAGAACAAACUGGAGACAGGCUAUCAGUACAUGGACUCUGCCUAGCUGUGCUGGAAAAAUACUUUGACUCCAAGCCUUAAAAUAUCCUGUGGAGUCUGAGCUCACCUCAUUCAUACAGUCACGGAGCUCCCUGAACGCUGAACUUCUGCAGGGAAAAGAUCUCCCCUGGAGCGGAAGAUCAGGGUGUCCUCGGAGCGUGUAACGAGUGCGGGGCUGGGCCAGGCUCACAGCACUGCUACCUGGGAGGAGCCGCUCACCUUCGCAUCAGUUUCAACACAGAAUCUGGACCCUUUGUCCAGGUUACCCCAAACUCUCCUGAGGUGUCUGUGUUCAACCCUUAGAGCUUGGUUUUGGCAAUACCCUGCCUGAAGUUGCUUAUUGGCUGUUCUUUGCCUUGGUCCCAAGGCUGUGAGCAGAAAGCAGCCUCUGUUUUGAGGAGGUGGGAUUUAAGUAUACAUUUAUUUUUACUGUGACUUGUUCAGGACCACAUUUUACAAAAUGCCUUGUUUCCUUUACUGUUGUUUUGGAAAGGAAAGUUUUAUGAAAACUGUUUUAGUUUGAAUAUAGAAUAGUUAUAUUAAUUACGGCUUUAUUUUGGAAAAAUCUUGAGUUUUAAUUCAAAUGUUUGCCAAUACCUUCCAAAGUCAGGUGAUACUCAGAGACAGUUGUUGUGAUCAGCUGGCUUGCGGACAUUUCUGGGGUAUUCACAUUUGAAGAUUCCUUAUUAAUGAAUGUCUUUGACUUAAAUCUAACCAAAAACUGCAACAUUAUUCUUUGUACAUUUUCAUUAUAUAGUGUUAACAAGCUUAGUUGCAAACGAAUAAAAUACUUAAGCUAUUUGUUUACCUUGCCUUCUUGAUGCUGUGAUGAUGUGUAUUAGUUCAGAUAACUCUAAGAAGGCUGCUGUAACCAUUUCCACAGUUCCACAACCUGUUGGAGAUUUACAGACUCUGAGAGCUCACCAGUGCUCUUUUAAUAAUUAAAGAAUGACUGGCUCGCUUAAAGGACA